AUGGCCGCCGCGGCUCCGGCUUGCAGCCUCAGGGAGGAGCUCGACCAUAUACGGGCCGAGCUAAACUCCCUAAAGGCUGCGAGCGGAACGGGCCGGGCGGCGGUGGCAGCGGAAGCUGCAGCACCUACCACACCGGAGGAAAUAAGGGAAGGAGGAAAAAGGAAACAGGAGGUCCCUGAGAAGAAAGGCCAGGCCCCGCAAACACCGGUAGAGCCUAAGAAGACGAAGAGCAAGGGCAAGAAGGAAAGAAGAAAAGAACAAAAGAAGAGGCGGAAGGAAAGGGAUAGAAGGAUGAAGGAGGAGGAAGGGAGAAGAACCCAGGAAGGAGGAAAAGGGACGCCGGCGAGGGACCUUUUGAAGGCGAUCCGGGGACCCACACAAAGGGAACCAGUGCUGGAAAGGGAAAACGCAACGUGGUCCCAAGUGGGGAGAAAGGUGAGGCAAGGGAAAGUGGAGGAAAAGAAGAAGGGGAGCUCCUCCACCCUCCCAGGAUAG